AGAAGAAGAAGAGGAGAAGACAACUACAGUUCCUCUUCCCUCCUCCUCCCUCUCCUUUCCUCCUUCUCCUUCUCCACUUCCUCUUCCUCCUCCUCUUCCUCUUCCUCCUCCCAUUCAUAUCCUCCACAGGCGAGAGAAGAGGAGAGGAGGAGGAGGAGGAGGAGGAAGAGGAGAUAUUUAACCUCCUCCUCCUCCUCCUCCACCUCUUCUUCUUCUUCUUCUUCUUCUUCUUCUUCUUCUUCUUCUUCUCUUGUACCCACACCCACACCUGAAUCCACACCUGUAUCCACAACCACACCUGUAUCCACACCUGUAUCCACACCCACACCUGAAUCCACACCUGUAGCCACUCCUGUAGCCACAACCACACCUGUAUCCACAUCCACACCUGUAUCCACACCUGUACCCACACCCACGCCUGAAUCCACAUCUGUACCCACACCUGUAUCCACACCUGUAUCCACACCUGUACCAACACCCAGACCUGAAUCCACACCUGUACCCACACCCACACCUGAAUCCACACCUGUACCCACACCCACACCUGAAUCCACACCUGUAUCCACAUCUGUAUCCACACCUGUAGCCACAACCACACCUGUAUCCACACCUGUACCCACACCCACACCUGAAUCCACACCUGUACCCACAUCCACACCUGUAUCCACACCUGUACCCACACCCACACCUGUAUCCACACCUGUACCCACACCCACACCUGUAUCCACACCUGUACCCACACCCACACCUGUAUCCACACCUGUACCCACACCCACACCUGUAUCCACACCUGUACCCACACCCACACCUGAAUCCACACCUGUAUCCACAUCUAUAUCCACACCUGUAGCUACACCCACACCUGUAUCCACACCAGUACCCACACCCACACCUGUAUCCACACCUGUAUCCACACCCACACCUGAAUCCACACCUGUAUCCACAUCUGUAUCCACACCUGUAGCCACACCCACACCUGUAUCCACACCUGUACCCACACCCACACCUGUAUCCACACCUUUAGUCACACCCACACCUGCAGCCACAACCACACGUGUAUCCACAUCCACACCCACACCUGUACCCACACCUGUAUCCACACCUGUACCCACACCCACACCUGUAUCCACACCUGCAUCCACACCCACAUCCACACCUACAUCCACACAUGUAUCCACACCUGAAUCCACACCUGUAUCCACACCCACACCUGAAUCCACACCCACACCUGUAUCCACACUUGUAUCCACACCCACACCUGAAUCCACACCCACACCUGUAUCCACACUUGUAUCCACACCCACACCUGUGUCCACUUCCUCACCUGAAUCUACAUCCACACCUGUAUCCACACCUGCAGGCACACCCACACCUGUAUCCACACCUGUCAGGAAGCGGGUAAGCAGACUACCCACACGUGCUUCUAAAAGACUUAGAAUGUAGUUUGGUUCGUUUUAUUUAUUUAUUUAUUUAUUUAUUUAUUUAUUUAUUAUUUUGUGUAUUUUAUUUUAUUUUUUGUAUUUCUUUUCUUAUUUGAUUUGAUUUUGUUUUCUACUUUUAUUUGUUUGUUUAUUUAUUUGUUUAUUUCCUUUAAAUGUAGUUAUUAUCAUUCUAUUGACAUUAUUAUUUUUAUCUUUUAUUUCUUUGUUUAUCUAAUCUUUUUUUUUAUAUAGAUAUUGUUAUCGUUAUAGUUUAUUUGCAUACUAUUAAUAUAUUUUGUUUUAUUUAUCUAAAGUCUCCUUUAAAAAUUACUGUUAUUGUUAUAAUUAUUAUAUUUACAUUAAUACUUCCCUUUAUUUAAUUUUCUUUUAAAAGUUAUCGUUAUCAUCCUUAUUUAUUUUCAUAUUAUUGUCUCUAUAGUUUUCUUCUAUUUAUCUAAACCUCCCUUUUAAAUUUAUCUAUGUUACUCUAAUAUGUCUUCUUUUAUUUAUAUUUUUUCUCUAUUUAUUUAAGCAUUCCUUUAAAAAAAGAAACCGUAUGAUUUAAAUGCAUAUUUUGAUCAUAUUAAUAUAUUUCUUAUUAACUUAAACAUUUCCUUAAAACUUAUCACUUUUGUUGUUAUUCUUAUUUAUUUAUGUAUUAUCUUUAUAUAUAUUUUUUCGUUCCUUUAAAAAAAAUCUAUAUUAUUUUUCAAUGUACUGUGUUCCUAUGGCUGUGUUUUGUGGCAAUAUUACAACUUCCUGUUGCUGUUAAGUUUAUAUUAAUACUCCCUACAUUAGUAAAACCCAUUAUUAUUAUUAUUAUUGUUAUUAUUUAUUUAGCUCUAUCUUACUUUGUUCUCUUGUGUAAAUAUGUCUGGGAUUUA